AUGGAUAUGGCAGAAUUUUCUAGGGUUAAAUGGUUACUUCGAGCUGCUUGUGGAAGAAAAGUAGUGAGGUAUCACUUAUGGAUUGGGUUAUAUCGGGUCCACAAAGUCACUGAUUUCUUCCGAAGGAUGGAGAAGGAUAUACGGAUUAAUUACCUUUUUACAAGGAUUAUAAAGCUUAUUUUUGUUGAACUCUAUUGCACACAUACAGCAGCUUGUAUCUUUUACUACUUGGCUACUACACUGCCUCCGGAAAAAGAGGGGUACACAUGGAUUGGAAGCUUAAAGUUGGGAGAUUAUAGUUAUUCAAACUUCAGAGAAAUUGAUUUGUGGAAGCGGUACACAACUUCCUUGUAUUUUGCUAUUGUCACAGUGGCGACCGUCGGUUAUGGAGACAUACAUGCGGUCAAUUUGAGGGAAAUGAUAUUCAUAAUGAUAUAUGUGUCCUUUGACAUGAUUCUUGGUGCUUAUUUGAUUGGUAACAUGACAGCGUUAAUUGUAAAAGGAUCCAAGACCGAGAAGUUUAGGGAUAAAAUGGCAGAUGUUAUUAAGUAUAUGAACAGAAAUAGACUUGAUAGGGGUCUCCGUAAUCAGAUCAAAGGCCACAUGCGCUUACAGUAUGAAAGUCAAUACAUUGAGGCUUCUGUUCUUCAGGAUAUUCCCAUCUCUAUCCGAGCUAAGAUUUCCCAAUCUUUAUAUAUGUCAUACAUUGAGAAAGUUCCUCUUUUCAAGGAAUGCUCUUCUGAGUUUAUUAAUCAGAUGGUUAUUAGACUUCAUGAAGAAUUUUUUCUCCCAGGAGAAGUAAUAAUGGAACAGGGAAAUGUUGUAGAUCAACUUUAUUUUGUCUGUGAUGGUGUGCUGGAGGGGGUUGCUAUAGGGGAAGAUGGAUCAGAAGAGACUGUUUCGCUUCUGGAAUCCAAUAGCUCAUUUGGAGAAAUUUCUAUACUCUGCAACACCCUUCAGCCUGAUACUGUUCGGGUUUGUGAAUUAUGUAGGCUCCUGCGGUUGGAUAAACAAUCAUUUUCAAAUAUUCUCGAGAUAUAUUUCUAUGAUGGGAGGAAAAUUUUGAACAAUCUUUUAGAGGGAAAAGAAUCCAAUCUUCGAGUUAAGCAACUGGAAUCAGACAUAUCAUUUCACAUUGGAAGACAAGAAGCUGAACUAGCUUUGAGAGUGAAUUGUGCUGCAUAUAAUGGAGAUUUGUAUCAACUCAAAAGUUUGAUACGAGCCGGAGCUAAUCCUAACAAAACGGAUUACGAUGGAAGAUCUCCCUUGCAUCUUGCUGCAUUGAAAGGAUAUGAAGAUAUUGCAAGUUUCCUUAUUCGGCAUUCAGUAGACAUCAAUAUUAAAGAUAAGUUUGGGAAUACACCCUUGCUAGAAGCAAUAAAAAAUGGAAACGAAAUCGUUGCUGCUUUGCUAGUUAAAGAAGGAGCUUCCUUAAACAUAGACGAUGCUGGUAGUUUUCUGUGCACAGCAGUUUCAAAAGGGGACUCAGACUUUUUGAAAAGGCUUUUGUCUAACGGAGUUGAUCCUAACUCCAGAGAUUACGACCACCGAACCCCACUUCAUGUAGCUGCUUCUGAGGGCUUAUAUUUGAUGGCCAAGCUUUUGAUAGAGGCCAGUGCUAGUGUUUUUACCACAGACAGAUGGGGAAACACUCCACUUGAUGAAGGCCGGAUGUGUGGCAACAAGAAUUUGAUCAAGCUACUGGAAGAUGCAAAAUCUACUCAAUUAUCAGAAUUGCUUUAUUGUUCGAAAGAAAUCACAGAUAAAAUACACCCGAAGAAGUGCACGGUUUUUCCUUUCCAUCCUUGGGAUGCUAAAGAACAGAGGAGACCUGGAAUUGUGUUAUGGAUCCCUCACACGAUGGAAGCGCUUAUUACAAUCGCUGCCGAGCAGCUAGACGUUGCAGGUGCUUCUUGUAUAUUGUCUGAAGAUGGAGGCAAAAUUCUUGAUGCAGAUUUAAUUAAUGAUGGACAAAAGCUGUAUUUGAUCAGUGAAACACGGUAGUUGGUAACAUAGGUACGUUCAUUGUGAUGGAGUUUGUAACAAUGUCGCUGCUGCUUUGUUCUUGUACCAAGUCCGCAUUCAGCUC